UUUUAAACCUAGGAUUACGCCGACGUUUCACAUGGAUCUUCAUAGUAGCUGACGUACGUCACGCUAUACUAGGUGCAGACUUCCUAAGUCACUUCAAUCUGUUAGUUGAUAUCAGCAAGAAAAAACUGAUUGACAAUUGCACCCAACUCAAGAUCCACGGUAUUACAUGUGACUACUCUGUUCAUAGCAUCUGUAUAGAAAAGCCGGAGAGUGAAAUGUUCUCUGCUUUAUUGCAACGAUUUCCUAAAAUCCUUAAACCAUCAUACAACGUCGAAGAUAUAUCUCAUACAGUUACGCAUAAGAUCAUCACAACAGGACAACCUGUGAAGGCACGUCCACGACGGUUACCACCCGAUAAACUAGCAGCAGCUAAGUCGGAAUUCGAACAUAUGAUGCAGCUAGGCAUCAUACGACCAUCUAACAGUCCAUGGUCUUCACCUUUGCAUAUGGUACCUAAAACUAAUCACGACUGGCGACCAUGUGGAGAUUAUCGCGCUUUGAAUAACGCUACGGUCCCAGACCGUUAUCCUAUACCUCAUCUCCACGACUUCUCCUUGACCUUACAUGGAAAGACCGUUUUUACUAAAGUUGACUUGGUCAGGGCAUAUCAUCAAAUACCAGUCGCUCCAGAAGACAUUGCAAAAACAGCAAUUAUCACGCCUUUUGGAUUAUUCGAAUUCUUGAGAAUGCCUUUCGGACUAAAGAAUGCUGCUCAAACAUUUCAGCGUUUUAUGGACCAAGUUACCCAAGGUCUUGAUUUCGUCUUUGUAUAUAUCGACGAUGUCUUAAUUGCCAGCUCAUCGAUGGAAGAACAUAUGGAACACUUAAGCUGUUAUUUCAAAGGUUUGAACAAUUUGGAGUUGUUAUCAAUCCAAAGAAAUGUAUUUUUGGUUCCCCUUCCAUUGAAUUCUUAG